CAGCGCUGCAGAGUUUUCAGGUUUCGUCUCUUUUUUAUUUUUUUUCCUUCCCACAUUAUUUGUUUCGUGUUCUUUUUUUUUUUUUACUCUCCUCGCGCCGUUUCCGUUUAUACACGCGCCGCGCACACAUAACGGCGACGUAUACUGCGCGUGCGAACCGUGUAAGGGCGCUAGCGCGUGUGAGCUAACCGCGUCAGUCGCCGACCGUGUCGUCCGCGGUGCAAAUCGUAUCCGACCCCGUCGUCCAGUCCGCCGUGUUUGCGCGUGUGUGCGUGCCUUCGUGUGUCUUCGCGUGCGUGCGUGUACGUUUACGCGCGCGCGCGCCCGCGCUCGUGUGUGUGUGUGUGUGUGAUAACGACCGACAGCUGAGCGAAGAGACGUACUUUGUUCUAUUCGUGUUCCGACGCGCGCGAUGCGUCCUAUCUCGUUCACCGUCACCGCCGCCGCCGCCGCCGCCGUCGUGGUCGUCGUAGUCUCUUGAUUCGCUUACUCUUUUCCUUAAUUAUUACCCAUUUGUUAUUAAUCGAAAUUUUCCUACUCUCUUUCUCACUCUCUCUCUCUCUCUCUCUGUCUUUUUCCUUCCACCAUACGUCCUUCAUUACCCACACGCUCCGUUUCGCGCUCUCUUCCUCUCUCUCCGCUUUAGACGCUCGUCUUCCCAGACAAGACCGUCAUCGCAACGAAUACGAUUAACAAAAAUAACGUAGAAACGUCUCCAUCUUCUUCUCUGUUGUCUUUAUAUAAAUCUCACACACACUCACACUAACAGCUUUUGGCCCCGCAUGCCGCAACAUGUCCUACCGCUCGCUGGCCGCAGACCGCGUGUACAAAGCGACCACGGACGACCUGCAGCCGGAGCGGAAGAACUCGGUCAGUACCGUGUUUAAAAAGGCUUUUGGCACACUAAGCUCCAGCCCCCGGCGCAGGCUGUCCGAGCCGCUUAUGUCCGGCGUGACCGUAAUCGGCACCGGAAACAUCAACACGCCGCUCAGAAAAAUGCCUACGUCUGCCAUAUCCGAAGAGGCGUCGUUGCUCAGCGGAAUGCGGUCGGAGACUCUAGAGGAAGUGGAACUGACCGGUGUCCGUCCAUCACUGCCGGCCGUCCGGACGUUCACCAGGGGCAACACCGGUGUGGAAGAGGUGUACGUGGACACGGACAAUGGCCCGUUGUGCGUGGCCGUGCAGGGCGAUCGGUCCAAGCCGCCCAUACUCACUUACCACGAUCUAGGACUGAACUAUGUCACGAGCUUUCAGACGUUCUUCAAUUACUGUGAGAUGCGGACCUUAAUGUCAAAUUUUUGUGUGUAUCACGUGAACGCACCCGGCCAAGAAGAAGGAGCAGCACCGUUAUCGGACGAUUACGUUUUUCCGAGUAUGGAUGAGUUAGCGAAUCAGUUGGACCACGUAUUAAGAUAUUUUGGAUUGGAAUCGGUUGUGGGACUUGGAGUUGGAGCUGGAGGAAAUAUUUUAGCACGAUUUGCUUAUAGACAACCAACUAAGGUUGAAGCACUGUGUCUUAUCAACGUGGUACCAACGACAGCUGGUUGGAUCGAAUACGGUUAUCAAAAGCUAAAUGCUAGAUAUUUGAAAUCUAAAGGGAUGACACAAGGGGUGAUGGACUACUUGAUGUGGCAUCAUUUUGGCAAAGGCACCGAAGAAAGGAAUCACGAUUUAGCCAGAGUAUACCGAGAGUAUUUCGAACACAGUGUGCACCCAGGAAAUUUGGCCGCGUUCAUUGAUUCGUAUGUGAAACGGACGGAUUUGCCAAUCAGCAGAAGUACGCCUACCGUCGAAUCGUUUCCGGCUGGUCGUAGGCCCAGCAUGACCACCACGUUGCAGAUGCCCAUUAUCAACGUGUGUGGUGCACUGUCACCACAUCAAGAAGACACUGUAAUACUGAAUUCGAGACUAGAUCCAACCAAGUCGUCAUGGAUGAAGGUAUCUGAUUGUAGCAUGGUGCUGGAAGAAGUGCCUCAAAAAAUGUGUGAAGCGUUGCGGCUUUUCCUCCAAGGACUCGGUUACGCUGUGAGACUCGGCCGGCCACCGUUGACCGUAUCCAGAUCGGCUGAAGUGAUAUCCAAAUCCAUUAAACAGUCCGCGUCCAAAGACAGCGUACGCAGUUCACCAUGGCCGUUCAGAAUCACCGAAAACCCGCUGACGGCAUGAUGAUUUUGCAUCCGUGUGUGGUGGUCGCGUUCGAUGAGGCAAGAGGUUGGUGCUAUAGCAACAGUUCUACAAUAAUUAGGUAUAUGCAUACAUACGGUUAUACUAAAAUAAUAUACGUACCACUCGUGUUUUCGUUUCUCGAGUCGUGUCCGCGAAGUCAUAAAAAAAAAAAAAAUAAAUAAAAAAUAAAAAAAACCGGACCGUUACCGAUUAGUCGAGAAAAGACUUCAUGCGUUAUGAUGUAUAUAUAUAUAUAUAUUAUUGUAUACCACCAAUACGUUGGUCUGGCUAGGUGUAUUAUUUUGUGUAGAAAUUGUUUUUUAAAAAAAAAAAAAAAACGAACAGUACAUAUAAUGUGACGUUAGGUAUAUACAUAUAUAUAUAUAUAUAUAUUGAAACUCAUAUCAUCAAAAGCUUCAGACGUAGUUUUGGCUGAAUGGAGGAAAUACACCCCAUUACAUGAUAUACGCCUAAGAAAAAUAAAAAAAUAAAAAAAAUUAAUAAUCGUAUAUUCGAAUAAUAAAAAAAAAAAAAAAGAAAAACGUUAGUUUGAUAGACUGCACAAACACCUGCGCUUUUUUAUUGUUUAUUUUUUAUUUUUAUGUUGUUAAUUAUUGAUGUUUAUAGUUUGUUAAGUGUUGCUGUUAUUAAAUCAGUGUUAUUGUACACACAACGGCCGCUACCGUUCUGUAUAAUAAAAAUGCAUUGUGAUAAGUAACAAUAACAAUAAAAUUAAUUAUACAUAUUUUUAAUUUGAA